AUGGGGAUCUUCUUACUUCUUGGGCUUGCUGUACCGUACGCGUUUGCGGUACGUUGUUAUGACUUCAUAAACACUAAUGACAACAGAAAUACAAUGAAGACAUGGAGUUACAUAGAACAAUACGAUACGAAUAAUGAAAUGACAUGGCUUGCGAGCAGAAGCUGUGGAACACCAAAUCUAUGCAAAGGGCAAGCUGCUUGCAGUGAUUCAGGGAGAGAUGAGCGGAACCACCCCGGUCUCCGUAACCCUCCGACCACGUAUACGGAUACUGUACCUGAAAUCCGUACCACCUCAGAUUCGUGGAAACAGUAUAACUUGAUGAUAGCAUUAAAAUGCAUAGCACCUAGCGACGUAUCCCGGGCCAGAAGGAUACGGUAA